AUGUCGGAGAGAGGGAGUCUCCCGCGGGCUGGGGGCACACCAUCUCCACAAAUGCAGCUGUCUAAGACCGUAACUAUCUCCCCGAACCGUCCGGUUCAAAUGAACCUGUAUGCAACCUGGGAAAUUGAUCGCUCAUCUCCAAGCUGUGUGCCCAGGUAUGGCCGCCUAAACACUAUGGCUUGACGUUUUUAAUUUCUCUGUUAACAUCUGGUUCUGACAGUCGAGGUUUUCAAUCGUGAACAGAUGACUAUAAAGAAGUUGCUACAUAGUAUCGGCGUCUGCAGUCAGAUGUAGUUUAGGUAUACUGUUGAAUCAGUGGGAAGUCACCUGACCCACCCCCCACAAUAUAAGUUAUGUAGACCUAGGUAGAAUAAAAGUUCAACAAAUGAAUGAGUUAAUGAAAAUAACAUCAAAUAAUAAUAUUAUUAAAGUUGAAAUAACAGCCGAGGCCUAUUUCUGUCUUUCCUUUGAAUAAUGCACAUUGCAGUGCUGGAAUUGACUGUAAAUAUGACACAAGUUUUGUUUUGACCAUCAGUAUCAGUCAGGUGACUGUGAUUACUGUAAAGUGUACAAGUCACAUAGAUACAGUUAGCCUGUAGUGGUAGACUAGUGCUGCUGCUAGUGAAUAUUAGGGAGGGUCUUUAAAGGGGCAAUCCGAAUGUCAAACCAUAACAAACAUUGUUUUGGUAAACAGCUGAGGGAUGGGGCUGGAGAAAUGUAACCACUCUCAAAUUCAUAGACAGAGCAAUGGAUGCAAAGACUGAUCAUCCAUGAGAACAAUAUUAUAGUUUUAACUAUGUUUUGAGGCUAUACAAUGUUUGUUUACAAUUACAUUGUUUACAAACAAUAGAAUGAAACAGGCUUAUAUUUAGGGUUCUGAUAGGGUAUGACAGUUGAGCUAAUAAGCUCAUGAGGCAUUUAGAAGUGAUAUUCUUCAAGACAAGAGUCAAUGGGUAUACAGUGCAUUUGGAAAGUAUUCAGACCCCUUGACUUUUUUCACAUUUUGUUACAUUACAGCCUUAUUCUAAAAUAGAUUUUUAAAAACAAAUCCCCCUUAUCAAUCUACACACAAUACCUCAUAAUGACAAAGCAAAAACAGGUUUUUAGACAAUUUAUUAAAAAUAAAAAACAGAAAUACCUUAUUUACAUAAGUAUUCAGACCCUUUGCUAUGAGACUCGAAAUUGAGCUCAGGUGCAUCCUGUUUCCAUUGAUCAUCCUUGAGAUGUUUCUACAACUUGAUUGGAGUCCACCUGUGGUAAAUUCAAUUGAUUGGACAUGAUUUGGAAAGGCACACAACUGUCUAUAUAAGAUCCCACAGUUGACAUUGCAUGUCAGAGCAAAAACCAAGCCAUAAGGUCGAAGGAAUUGUCCAUAGAGCUCCGAGACAGGAUUGUGUUGAGGCACAGAUCUGGGGAAAGGUACCAAAACAUUUCUGCAGCAUUGAAGGUCCCCAAGAACACAGUGGCCUCCAAGUUUGGAACCACGAAGACUCUUCCUAGAGCUGGCCACCUGGCCAAACUGAGCAAUCGGGGGAGAAGGGCCUUGGUCAGGGAGGUGACCAAGAACCCGGUGGUCACUCUGACAGAGCUACAGAGUUCCUCUGUGGAGAUAGGAGAACCUUCCAGAAGGACAACCAUCUCUGCAGCACUCCACCAAUCAGGACUUUAUGGUAGAGUGGCCAGACAGAAGCCACUCCUCAGUAAAAUGACAGCCCGCUUGGAGUUUGCCAAAAGGCACCUAAAGGACUCUCAGACCAUGAGAAACAAGAUUCUCUGGUCUGAUUAAACCAAGAUUGAACUCUUUGGCCUGAAUGCCAAGCGUCACAUCUGGAGGAAACCUGGCCCCAUCCAUACGGUGAAGUAUGGUGGUGGCAGCAUCAUGCUGUGGCAAUGUUUUUCAGCGGCAGGGACUGGGAGACAAGUCAGGAUCGAGGGAAAGAUGAACGGAGUAAAGUACAGAGAGGUCCUUGAUGAAAACCUGCUCCAGAGUGCUCACAACCUCAGACUGGGGUGAAGGUUCACCUUCCAACAGGACAACGACCCUAAGCACACAGCCAAGACAACGCAGGAGUGGCUUCAGUAUAAGUCUCUGAAUUUCCUUGAGUGGCCCAACCAGAGCACGGACUUGAACCCGAUGGAACAUCUCUGGAGAGACCUGAAAAUAGCUGAGCAGCGAUGCUCCCCAUCCAACCUGACAGAGCUUGAGAGGAUCUGCAGAGAAGAAUGGGAGAAACUCCCCAAAUACAGGUGUGCCAAGCUUGUAGCGUCAUACCCAAGAAGACUUGAGGCUGUAAUCGCUGCCAAAGGUGCUUCAACAAAGUACUGAGUAAAGGGUCUGAAUACCUAUGUAAAUGUGAUAUCUGUUUUUUAUUUUUAAUACAUUUGCAAAAAUGUUUUUGCUUUGUCAUUAUGGGGUCUUGUGCGUAGAUUGAUGAGGAGAAAAAAACAAUUGAAUCCAUUUUAGAGUAAGGCUGUAAUGUAACCAAAUGUGGAAAAAGUCAAGGGUUCUGAAUACUUUCCGAAUGCACUGUAUAUCAUUCAUUUAAAAGGCUAGAAAUGUAUGUAGCAAUCGCAGAUUGCCCCUUUUUUAAAGAAAGAGAACAUUCAACUCCUAUAAUGAAAAAUUAUGUUUGGAGGACCACAGUCAUGAAGAAGAAGUCCAAGAUCACGACUGACCAGAAUGUAAAGGCUCCAAAUCAACGUAUCCCUGAGCAGUUGGGCAGGCAGGGUGCCAUAGACAGCUGCUCCUAAACCACACAGGAAAACAACAUGCUGUCAGAAUAAAUAAUUAUACAGCACAUACAGAGUAGAAGCAACAUAAACAAUUGGCUAAUUAUUACUGAUGUCUACAUACAUAUGCCUACAGACUGUUGCUAAGCAACCUACUCAUCCAUUACGACUUAUAACAGAUGAUUGUUACCAAUGCUACACAUUUCUCUGAUACUGCUUUUCAUCUUGUAGCAAUAGAGAAGAGGGGGUAGGAGCGGGUUGGUGUGUGGAUUCUCGAAGGACCCCUCUAAAGAGUCAAGGCUGCCUGCGGGGGUGCUCUCUCUGGCAGGGAAAAUGGAGAGAGGACGUGGGUGGAUUUGAAGAAGAGCUGGAUGAAAAUGAUUUGUUUCUCUUAAAGUGGUCCACACACUGUAUAGUAUGUUGACAAGUUUUUCUUUCUUUCAUGUAUAGAAACUGUGAAGCUUUUGGCCUUGACUUGAUGCUUGGGGAUCUCUUGUUUCCUCCCUCUGAUUCUCAGUGAAGUCCUUAUUUAAAGGAGAAUGCACCUCAUCAUAUGUUAUCUAUUUGUACAAAUGCAAUUAAGAAGGAGCCUGGGUGGCUUAUAAUCACUUUAGCUAUUUCUAUUUAGCCUCCAGUGCCAUGUCUGUUUGGCAUGGCUUUUAGUAAAUAUAUAAAUUAUUACACAGACAACUCCUAACCCAAUCAGCUGUUCACUGGUAACCAUCACCAGUCUCUCUCUCUCUCAAUUCAAUUCAAUUCAAUUCAAUUCGAUUUCGAUUUCAAUUUAAGGGCUUUAUUGGCAUGGGAAACGUAUGUUAACAUUGCCAAAGCAAGUGAAGUAGAUAGUAAACAAAAGUGAAAUAAACAAUAAAUAUUAACAGUCAACAUUACACAGAAGUUCCAAAAGAAUAAAGACAUUUCAAAUGUCAUAUUAUGUAUAUAUACAGUGUUGUAACAAUGUGCAAAUAGUUGAAGUACAAAUGGGAAAAUAAAUAAACAUAAAUAUGGGUUGUAUUUACAAUGGUGUUUGUUCUUCACUGGUUGCCCUUUUCCUGUGGCAACAGGUCACAAAUCUUGCUGCUGUGAUGGCACACUGUGGUUUUUCACCCAGUAGAUAAGGGAGUUUAUCAAAAUUGGGUUUGUUUUUUAAUUAUUUGUGGAUCUCUGUAAUCUGAGGAAAAUAUGUGUCUCUAAUAUGGUCAUACAUUUGGCAGGAGGUUAAGAAGUGCAGCUCAGUUUCCACCUCAUUUUGUGGGCAGUGUGCACAUAGCCUGUCUUCUCUUGAGAGCCAGGUCUGCCUACGGCAGCCUUUCUCAAUAGCAAGGCUAUGCUCACUGAGUCUGUACAUAGUCAAAGCUUUCCUUAGGUUUGGGUCAGUCACAGUGGUGACUGAAACACUCUCUGUUUAGAGCCAAAUAGCAUUCUAGUUUGCUCUGGUUUUUUGUUAAUUCUUUCCAAUGUGUCAAGUAAUUCUCUUUUUGUUUUCUCAUGAUUUGGUUGGGUCUAAUUGUGUUGUUGUCCUGGGGCUCUGUGGGGUCUGUUUGUGUUUGUGAACAGAGCCCCAGGACCAGCUUACUUAGGGGACUCUUCUCCAAGUUCAUCUCUCUGUAGGUGAUGGCUUUGUUAUGGAAGGUUUGGGAAUCUCAUCCUUUUAAGUGGUUAUAGAAUUUAACGGCUCUUUUCUGGAUUUUGAUAAUUAGCAGGGUAUCGGCCUAAUUCUGCUCUGCAUGCAUUAUUUUGUGUUUUUCGUUGUACACAGAGGAUAUUUUUAUAGAAUUCUGCAUGCAGAGUCUCAAUUUGGUGUUUGUCCCAUUUUGUGAAUUCUUGGAUGGUGAGCGGACCCCAGACCUCACAAUCACAAAGGGCAAUGGGUUCUAUAACUGAUUCAAGUAUUUUUAGCCAGAUCCGAAUUGGUAUGUCAAAUUUUAUGUUCUCCUCUAUACCAUGUUUCUUGUAGGAUGACAAUAUCUGUAUUUCUGAUUUCUUUGAUGAAGUCCAGGUUCCUGCUCUUUAGGUCAAAGGCAGAUGACCUCAGGCCUUGGAUAUUCCAGGAUGAAAUAGUGAAGGCUUUGUGUUCCAUAAAGUGUCUAAUGUUGUUGGUUGUGUGGUUUGGCCUCAGGCCAGUAAUUGUGAGCAGAGCCUGCUGAGCAUCUGGUACAUGCCAUUGGCUUGGGCUAGUGUAAGAGGGGGGGUUGGGCCUGUUUGCCUGCUCACAGCCUGGUCGUAUGUGUGACUUUCAUGUUGAGGCCCUCUUUGCGGGAGUGGGGGGCAUGGGGUGGGUAGGAGGAUAGGUCUGAUCUGAGGGGGGCUAAAUGGGGUGUGGGCAUGGUUGACUUGGGGGGGUGUUAAUUGGUGGGGGUGGGGGUGGAGAUGUGGCUGAUGGUGCUGUGGGCUGGAUAUAGGGUUGAGAUAACCACUUGUGCGUUGGGGAAAGUAGAAGAAGCUUUUUCUAUCACUCCCUUGAGUGCUGUGGCCACCCUUUCCUGCUGUGUUCUCAGGUCGUUUGUGCCUGUGUGUAUUAUUAUGUGGCUGGGUGAUCCUAGUUGGUCCUCAGACAGAAGGUCUAGGGCGCGCUGGGUGUUUGGACACCAUAGUUUAGACACUGUGUUUGGGGAAAAGUUUAUUUUCUUGUAUGUAUUUCCCAUUUGAGUCCAUAAGGAGUACAAUCUGUGGCUUGUGUAUGUCCUCAGUGGGUGUGGGGGGUCGUCAUGAGGGCUAUCAGGGUGGCUGACAGGGGGGGUGCUCAGAGGGGUUGGGAUCCCCUGGGCUUGGGGUUCUUCAUUUGUUUGUCUGGCUGUGAUGUGGAGGCUAUGGUCAGGGUCUAGGGUGUACUGUUCUGCUGCGGUGUCGAGACUUUGGCCAGGAUCUGAGGUGGGCUGUUCUGCUGGCUUCUCUGCGGGGGUGGCCAGCUCUCUAAUGGGUUGUUCUCUGUCACCCGUCAUCAUUCUCACCUUCUCCUCCAGCACUCUGAUCCUCUCCUCUAGUGCUCUGUUCUUCUCCUGCUCCUGCUCUUUCUCCUGUUGAUGUUGUCUCACCACAGUCCAGAGUGCAGAUAUGUAUCUCUCUACCUCCAGCUCUCCAGGUCUAGUUAAGGGGGUGUUGUUGUGCUGGACUGUUGUCUGGGUCUGUGCUGACUGGAGUGUGUUCACCUGCUGUUCCAGCUCCACCUGCCUUACCUCCAGCUGGGUGAAUUGAUCCUUCAUUUCAAUGAGGGAGUAGUACUCUGUGCUGGGAAGUUGACUUUCCGCUUGGGGUUGCUCUGUGGGGUUAUUUAAUGAAGAGGUCUGGUCUGACCCGCUCGGGGUGGGGGUAUCUUUCUCAAGGGAGAGGUUCUCCUGCUGAGCUAUUUCCUUGAUUAGGUGAAAGUCCAGCUGGAACUGUUUGGUGUUGCCCUGUACCAAUAUUGUUCCAGAUUUAUAGAGAUUUAUAUUAGAUGACUCAGAGUCCUCGUUGUCUAGUAUCCUGAGUUUCCACCCAUCGCUAACAUCCCCCCUCUUAACAGAGGAGUAGUGUGUUAGUAUAACACUGUGCCAUGCCAGGGGAUGGUCUGUGUGGAAGAUAAGGUUGCUUAUGUUCCCAUUUUUAUAAAAGUCAGUAAAAAGUGUCUCCUGAUUUCCCAUAAGGAGCUUCAUUUUGUACUAUUUUUGUGUCUUAACAUUUUUACAUUCAGAGGGUACUGUAUUUUAAUGACCUCUGAACAGCGGGGGGUGAUUCUAAGGCCUCUCCAUUUGGUUGGGGUAGACUGUGCGACUCUCCUGCCAUUGUUGGGCUCAAGGGCUUUGACACCUCUCACUUCACACGUCAGUGCUAAUUGAAGUUGUAUCUCUUUGUACUAGCAAGCUUGGUAGCCUUAGCAUUCAGUCCUUAUAAAGUAAAAUAUAUCAUUGUAAUGUAUUUUUCUUCUUGGUUUUUGAAAGUAAAAAAUAGCUUCAGACUAAACAUUACUCACUCAGCUCCUAUUAUCCAAUCCCAAUCUGUGUGAAGUCAGGUCAAGUGCUGCACCUAGGACCCAAGGUUAAAAAAAUGUCAUUGUCAAAGACUGAUACUUUCUUUGCUCAUGUUGUUGGUUCAGACUAAACAGAGAAAUAUGAAUAUCCCCUUCUCUCCCCCUAAAUCCAGGCUCUUCACUGUUACCCUGAAGAAGCUGGUGAUGCUUCAGGAGCUGGACAGAGACCUAACCUCUGUUGUCAUCGCAGUCAAACUCCAGGUGACCCUCUUCACAUUCCCCCUUUCCUUCCACAAAGUAUACAUAGAUAUACAGUAGUAGGAUGUUUUGCAGAAGUGACUAGUGACUAGUCAGAACUUGUUGAUCCAUGGGCAAUAUAUACAGGAGAUGUAUAACGUGUGUGGAAUAUCCUCUUAGGGAUCAAAGCGCAUUUUACGUUCCAAUGAGAUCCUAUUGUCAUCGGCUGGAAUUACUGAGACUGAACUUCAGCUGACGUUCUCCUUGCAAGUGAGUUACCCCGGGGACUUUGCACAGACAAUUGUGCGUAUGCAAAGAGAGGCAGAUGCUUUAAAAAUGUUUCCAUAGGUUCUAUUUCCAGUGCAUAAUUUAAGUGCCUGUCUGAUUCUGUCAACCUCACUAUCUCUCACAUCUUUACUUCCUCUAGUAUCCACAUUUUUUGAAAGGCGAGGAUGCCAACAGGGACUGCAGAUCAUGUGCAGAGGAGGAAAGAGGGACAAAGAACAGUACUAUUCCUGGGUUUAAAGGACCCUGGCACUGGGCCUCAUAACAUGGCAGAGGUUGAGAGGGGUUCCCCUAACACCAGGGUUAGCUGCCAUGAUUACGAGAAUUCAGGCUUUUGUUGUAUAAACGCCAUUCAUGCAUCUGUUACUACUGUCUCUCUUGUCUAAGGAAAAGGAGGGAGAGAAAAGAGAGAGAGAGAAGAAAAAGGAAAAGAGGGAGAAGAGCGAAGAGAGAAGAGAAGAGAGAGAGAGAGAGAGCAGGAGAGAGAAGAGAGAGGAGAGGAGAGAAAAGAGAGAGAGAGAGAGAGAGAAAGAGAAAAAGAGAUAGAAAAUAAGAUCUAGAUAAAAACAGAGAGGAAGAGAAAGACAGAGAAGAAAAUCAGAUCCUCUCUUCUAUCUCUCGCUCUAUCUCUCUCUAUCUCCUCUCUCCUCUCUCUUAUCUCCCUCCUCUCUCCCUCUCCGUCUUUCUCUCUCUCUCCCCCCCCCCCCAUAGGUGAUGAUGCAGCAUCCCAGUGAGGGAGACCGUGUGUUUGGCUCUCCCACCACAGUGAAGGACACGGCUGUGGCUGUGGCUGAGAUGAGGGUCCUUACUUCUCUCUCCAGCCAGCCCAUGCGACCACGAGGGUUGUCCCAAGGACCAAACGGUUUCAGGUUAAGUUAAGGGGAGAUUCCCAGAGAGAGCAAAGGGGACAAACUGUGGGGAAGUAAGGCCUUCAGAAUGGAAACAGAAAGGUUUUUAACAUUGGGCAAUGUGCUUGUAUACAAUUGUUUGUAAGUAUCCAGAAUGUCAGUGUAUUGAACAGUUCAACAUGUAGGCGCCAGUACCACACCGUGGUCAGUCAGUGGAAUCAUCCAUCCAAUCAGCCACUGCCUUACCCAUGUAACACAAGGUUUAACCAUCCAAUCAGCCACUGCCUUACCCAUGUAACACAAGGUUUAACCAUCCAAUCAGCCACUGCCUUACCCAUGUAACACAAGGUUUAACCAUCCAAUCAGCCACUGCCUUACCCAUGUAACACAAGGUUUAACCAUCCAAUCAGCCACUGCCUUACCCAUGUAACACAAGGUUUAACCAUCCAAUCAGCCACUGCCUUACCCACGUAACACAAGGUUUAACCAUCCAAUCAGCCACUGCCUUACCCACGUAACACAAGGUUUACAUACUAUUCUCAUCAUACUAUAUUAACAUCCCCUCCCCCUCUCCCUCCCCUCAGUCCCUCCCCUCCCCCUCUUCUUGUCACUAGCUGAGGUUAAUGUGGUGCGGGAGUCAGGCGCAGGACACCGAAGCUUAGUCCAACAACGUUUACUAGUGCAAAAACCCAAGCACAAUACAAUGAACGGCCUCAAACACAAACAGAGGCGAACGAUUACGCAGACUGUGCGUAAACUAACAAAACAAUAAACAGAAAGAACACGCAGCACUAACGGACAGGCGAAUAACAACACACAACCUAACCAAUACAAAACAGGAAACUUAUAGAACACAUAAUCAGACACAAACGGACACAGGUGCAAUGGACAGACAAAAGCAAUCAAACAUAGAAACAUUCAACGGUGGCAGCUAGUACUCCGGGGACGACGAACGCCGAAGCCUGCCCGAACAAGGAGGAGGAGCAGCCUCGGCAGAAUACGUGACAGUACCCCCCCCUUGACGCGCAGCUCCAGCCGUGCGCCGACCCCGGCCUCGGGGACGGCCAGGAGGACGCGGACCCGGGCGCAUGGGAUGCCCACGGUGGAACUCAGUCAGGAGGGAUGGAUCUAGGAUGUCCCUCCUAGGCACCCAGCACCGUUCCUCCGGACCGUACCCCUCCCACUCCACGAGAUACUGGAGACCACUCAUCCGGCGCCUCGAGUCCAAGAUGGUUCGGACCCUGUACGCCGGGGCCCCCUCGAUGUCCAAUGGGGGCGGAGGGGUCUCUCCUAUCUCAUCUUCUUGGAGUGGGCCAGCUACCACCGGCCUGAGAAGAGACACAUGGAACGAGGGGUUAAUAUUCUUGUAAUCAAUAGGCAGUUGUAACCUGUGACACACCUCGUUCAAUCUUCUCAGGACUUUGAAGGGCCCCACAAACCGCCGACCCAGCUUCCGGCAGGGCAGGCGGAGGGGCAGGUUUCGAGUCGAGAGCCAGACUCGAUCUCCCGGUGCGUAAAACGGUCCCUCACUGCGGUGGCGAUCGGCGCUCGCCUUCUGUCGACGGAUGGCCCGCUGCAGAUGGACAUGUGCAGCGUCCCACGUCUCCUCCGAGCGCCGAAUCCACUCAUCCACCGCAGGGGCCUCGAUCUGGCUCUUGUGCCAUGGUGCCAGGACCGGCUGAUACCCUAAAACACACUGGAAAGGUGUUAAAUUGGUGGAGGAGUGGCGGAGAGAGUUCUGGGCCAUCUCUGCCCAGGGGAUAUACCUAGACCACUCCUCCGGCCGGCCCUGGCAAUAGGACCUCAGAAACCUACCCACAUCCUGGUUGACUCGUUCAACCUGCCCAUUGCUCUCUGGGUGGUACCCCGAGGUAAGGCUCACUGAGACCCCCAAGCGUUCCAUGAACGCCCCCCAGACUCUGGAGGUGAACUGGGGACCUCGGUCAGACACAAUAUCCUCGGGGACCCCAUAGUGCCGGAACACGUGGGUAAAUAGGGCCUCAGCGGUCUGUAGGGCAGUAGGGAGACCCGGCAUUGGGAGGAGACGACAGGCCUUGGAAAACCGAUCCACAACGACCAAAAUGGUGGUAUUCCCCUGGGAGGGGGGAAGGUCGGUCACAAAAUCCACCGAGAGGUGGGACCAUGGUCGUUGUGGAACGGGCAGGGGAUGUAACUUUCCCCUGGGCAAAUGUCUAGGCGCCUUACACCGAGCAGGAGGAGACAUAAACCCUCACAUCCUUAGCUAACGUUGGCCACCAGUAUUUCACGCUAAGGCAGUGCACUGUCCGGCCAAUACCUGGAUGUCCAGAGGAGGGUGAUGUAUGAGCCCAAUAAAUAAGGCGGUCACGAACCUCGAGCGGAACGUACGGCCGCCCCACAGGACACUCGGGGGGAGUAGGGUCGGUACGCAGUGCCCGCUCGAUCUCCGCAUCGACCUCCCACACCACCGGAGCCACCAAACAAGACUCCGGCAGUAUGGGAGUAGGCUCAAUGGACCUCUCCUCUGUGUCAUACCGCCGGGACAGGGCGUCUGCCUUACCGUUCUGGGACCCUGGGAUGUAUGUGAUCUUAAAAACAAACCGGGUCAGGAACAUGUUCCACCUAACCUGACGAGGGUUCAAUCUCCUAGCUGCCCGGAUGUACUCCAGGUUACGGUGGUCAGUCAGAAUGAGGAAAGGGUGUUGAGCCCCCUCAAGCCAAUGCCUCCACACCUUUAGGGCCUGGACUACAGCUAACAGCUCCCUGUCCCCUACGUCAUAAUUACGCUCCGCCGAGCUGAGCUUCUUAGAAUAGAACGCACAGGGGCGGAGCUUAGGGGGCAUACCGGACCGUUGCGACAGGACUGCCCCAAUACCGGCCUCGGACGCGUCUACCUCUACUUGGAAUGGUAAAGAGGGAUCCGGAUGCGCCAGCACCGGAGCCGAGGUGAACAGGUUCUUCAGUUUGACAAAUGCCCUGUCCGCCUCAGCUGACCACUGCAAACGAACCGGACCCCCCUUUAGCAGGGACGUAAUGGGAGCUGCAACCUGUCCAAAGCCCCGGAUAAACCUCCGGUGGUAAUUAGCAAAACCCCAAAACUGCUGCACCUCUUUUACAGUGGUUGGAGUUUGCCAAUUACGCACGGCCGACACACGGUCAACCUCUAUCUUCACACCAGACGCGGACAACCGAUAACCCAAAAAGGAGACGGACUCCUGGAAGAACAAGCAUUUCUCUGCCUUGACAUACAAGUCAUGCUCCAACAGUCUCCUCAACACUCGGCGCACCAGGGCUACAUGCUCGGCUCGUGUAGAAGAAUACACUAGGAUGUCGUCGAUGUAUACUACCACACCCUGCCCAUGCAUGUCCCGGAAAAUCUCAUCAACAAAGGAUUGGAAGACUGAAGGAGCAUUCAUUAACCCGUAUGGCAUGACGAGAUACUCGUAAUGACCCGAGGUGGUGCUAAAUGCUGUUUUCCAUUCAUCCCCCUCCCUAAUGCGCACCAGAUUGUACGCGCUCCUGAGAUCCAACUUUGUGAAGAACCGCGCUCCGCGUAAUGACUCCGUCAUAGUCGCAUUCAGUGGAAGAGGGUAACUGUACUUAACCGUGAUCUGAUUGAGACUACGGUAAUCAAUACACGGGCGCAAAACCCCGUCCUUCUUCUUCACAAAGAAGAAACUCGAGGAAACCGGGGAAGUGGAGGACCGUAUGUAUCCCUGUGCCAAGGACUCGGCUAUGUAAGUCUCCAUAGCCGCUGUCUCCUCUUGAGACAGGGGAUACACACGGCUCCGCGGAAGUGCCGCUCCUGUUUGGAGAUCUAUCGCACAAUCCCCCUGUCUAUGAGGUGGUAGCUGUGUUGCCCUCGCUUUGCUGAACACAAGUGCUAAAUCUUCAUAUUCAGGGGGAAUGCGCAUUGCGGGCACUUGGUUCGGACUCUCUACCGAGGUCGCCCCUAAGGAAACACCUAGACAUCUCCCUACACACUGGGCAGACCACUCCAUAAGAGCCCUCUGUUGCCACGCAAUGGUAGGAUCAUGGGCGCUUAACCAGGGAAGCCCUAGCACCACGGGAUACGCAGGAGAGUCAAUCAGAUAAAACUGAAUGAUCUCCUCAUGACCCCCCUGCGUUGUCAUCUUAAGUGGUGCUGUGACUUCUCUGAUCAACCCCGACCCCAACGGCCGGCUGUCUAGGGCAUGAACAGGAAAGGGGGCUUCUACUGGCCGAAGGGGAAUUCCUAACCUAUAACAAAUUCACGAUCAACAAAAUUCCCAGCUGCGCCUGAAUCUACUAGCGCCUUAUGCUGGGAAUGAGGUGCCACCUGUGGAAAUCUCACAGGUAUACACAUGUGACCAACAGAGAGCUCUGGGUAAGUGGGGCGCCUACUCACCUGAAAUGACUCCCCAGUGCGUGACCUGUUGUCCCCUCUCCCAGGAGACCCUCCCCAGCACCUGGCCGCAGUGUGUCCUCCACGGCCACAGUUGGUGCAGGGGAUGGCCCCCCUCGGGUUCUCUCUCCUCCUCUCUCUAGCGCCAGCACCUCCGAGCUCCAUGGGAAUCGGCUCGGAGGUGCUGGAGGGUGGAAUGGACGACCCCCACUCGGGACGUCCGCGGGUAGCCAGCAGGGUGUCGAGACGGAUGGAGAUGUCCACCAACUGGUCGAGGAUAGGUUGGUGUCCCUGCAGGCCAGCUCACGACGAACGUCCUCUCGUAGGCUACACCGGUAAUGGUCGAUGAGGGCCCUCUCAUUCCACCCCGCAUCCGCCGCUAGAGUCCGGAACUCCAGGGCGAACUCCUGUGCGCUCCUCUUCCCCUGUCGGAGGUGGAACAGACGCUCCCCCGCCGCCUUCCCCUCAGGUGGAUGAUCGAACACAGCCCUGAAGCGGCGGGAGAACUCCGCGUAGGUGAUGGUAGCGGCGUCUAUUCCCCUCCAUUCGGCGUUGGCCCACUCCAACGCCUUGCCGGAUAGACAGGAGAUGAGGGCGGAGACGCUCUCGUAUCCCGAGGGCGCCGGGUGUAUGGUGGCCAGGUAGAGUUCCACCUGCAGGAGGAACCCCUGACACCCGGCUGCAGAACCAUCAUAAGCCCUCGGGAGCGAGAGCCGAAUGCCACUGGGUUCCGGUGCUGGGAGAGGAGGACUGGCCGAUGGUGAUGGUAAGGUGUGCGACGGCGUGGGCACCUCCCUCGUAACCAAUCGGCGCAGCGUGUUGGACACCUCGUUCAUGGCGGCCCCAAGUUGCCGGAUCAUGGUGUCUUGGUCGCUGAUCCGAUCCUCCAGCGACUUGGGUGCCGCCGCUGCUCCUGCUGACUCCAUCUAGAGGUGUGUUGUUCUGUCACUAGCUGAGGUUAAUGUGGUGCGGGAGUCAGGCGCAGGACACCGAAGCUUAGUCCAACAACGUUUACUAGUGCAAAAACCCAAGCACAAUACAAUGAACGGCCUCAAACACAAACAGAGGCGAACGAUUACGCAGACUGUGCGUAAACUAACAAAACAAUAAACAGAAAGAACACGCAGCACUAACGGACAGGCGAAUAACAACACACAACCUAACCAAUACAAAACAGGAAACUUAUAGAACACAUAAUCAGACACAAACGGACACAGGUGCAAUGGACAGACAAAAGCAAUCAAACAUAGAAACAUUCAACGGUGGCAGCUAGUACUCCGGGGAUGACGAACGCCGAAGCCUGCCCGAACAAGGAGGAGGAGCAGCCUCGGCAGAAUCCGUGACACUUCUCCUCCCCCUCGUCCUUUUCCCCCUCCCCCCUCUUCCUCUCAUCCCCUCCCCAUAUAUAACGUAUCUCCUCUCUGGCUCCCUGUAACUCACAGACCGCUCCCCUGACAUUGACAACUACUCUGAGGAAGAGGAGGAGAGCUAUUCAUCAGAGCAGGACGGGAGUGAUGACCCUGCUGACAUCCAGGUAGGGAGGAGGAGGAGGAGAGGGGGGAAAACAGGUUUAAAUGGAGUUUGGAUGGAGUGUCUGUCCAGUUUGACCACUAAGUUGAUCCUCCCUCUGUUUCAGUAUCUGUUCGACGAAGAAGAUGACAUGAGGAAGAAGAAGCACAGACGCAAACUCACCUCUGCAGCCUCCAUCACCAGAGGUCAUGUAAGCAUUCAGUCAUCUGAUCUGUCUCUCUGUGCUGUUAUGAUUACCUGGCACUCUUCUAGUCACCCAGUUUGAUAUCUACAUGUUCCUUUAACCCGGCAGCCCAACAUCAAGCAGAAGUUUGUGGCCUUGUUGAAGAGGUUUAAGGUGUCUGAUGAAGUGGACUUUGGCCUGAAGCACGUGUCCCAGGAGCACAUCCGUGAUGUGGAGGAGGAUCUGGAUGAGCUCUAUGACAGUCUGGAGAUGUACAACCCCAGUGAUAGUGGCCCAGAGAUGGAGGAGACGGACAGCAUCCUCAGCACACCCAAACCCAAGCUCAGGUCAUGAUACAUCAGACUUAUCUAUAGCUAACACAAAUGUAUGUUCUCACAAACAUCCACCUGACAGAACUCUGGUGACCUCUACUCUCUCUGACCGUCCAGGCCCUUCUUUGAGGGCAUAUCCCAGUCCAGCUCGCAGACCGAGUUUGGCAGUCUGAACAGCAGGUGCAGUCUACCCAGAGACACUCUGAGCCCAGUGAGUACAGUAGAAUAGAGUACAGUUAGAGUAGAGUACAGUACAGUUAUAGUACAGUACACUACAGUUAGAGUACAGUUAAAGUAGAGUACAAUACAGUUAGAGUAGAGGACACUAGAGUACAGUUAGAGUACAGUACAGUACAAUUAGAGUAGAGUGCAGUACAGUUAGAGUUGAGUACAGUACAGUUAGAGUACAGUUAAAGUAGAAUACAGUGAGAGUACAGUAGAAUAGAGUAAAGUACAAUACAGUUAGAGUAGAGUACAGUACAGUUAGAGUAGAGGACACUAGAAUACAGUACAGUUAGAGUAGAGGACACUAGAGUACAGUACAGUUAGAGUAGAGGACACUAGAGUACAGUACAGUUAGAGUACAGUACAGUUAGAGUACAGUACAGUACAGUACAGUUAGAGUACAGUACAGUACAAUACAAUACAGUUAGAGUACAGUUAGAGUACAGUACAGUUAGAGUAGAGUACAGUACAGUUAGAGUACAGUACAGUUAGAGUACAGUACAAUACAAUACAGUUAGAGUACAGUUAGAGUACAAUACAAUACAGUUAGAGUACAGUUAGAGUAGAGUACAGUUAGAGUAGAGGACACUAGAAUACAGUACAGUUAGAGUACAGUACAGGUAGAGUGCCGUACAGUUAGAGUACAGUACAAUACAGUUAGAGUAGAGUAUAGUUAGAGUAGAGUACAGUACAAUACAGUUAGAGUAGAGUACAGUUAGAGUACAGUACAGGUAGAGUGCCGUACAGUUAGAGUACAGUACAGUACAAUACAGUUAGAGUACAGUUAGAGUAGAGUAUAGUUAGAGUAGAGGACACUAGAGUACAGUACAGAUAGAGUACAGUACAGUUAGAGUACAGUACAGUUAGAGUACAGUACAGUUAGAGUACAGUACAGUUAGAGUACAGUACAGUUAGAGUACAGUUAAAGUAGAGUACAGUACAGUUAGAGUAGAGGACACUAGAGUACAGUUAGAGUACAGUACAGGUAGAGUAGAGGACACUAGAGAACAGUACAGUUAGAGUACAGUACACUAGAGUACAGUACAGUUAGAGUACAGUACAGUUAGAGUACAGUACAGUUAGAGUACAGUACAGAUAGAGUACAGUACAGUUAGAGUAGAGGACACUAGAGUACAGUUAGAGUACAGUACAGGUAGAGUAGAGGACACUAGAGAACAGUACAGUUAGAGUACAGGACACUAGAGUACAGUACACUAGAGUACAGUACAGUUAGAGUACAGUACAGUUAGAGUACAGUACAGUUAGAGUACAGUACAGAUAGAGUACAGUACAGUUAGAGUACAGUACAGUUAGAGUACAGUACAGUUAGAGUACAGUACAGUUAGAGUACAGUACAGUUAGAGUACAGUACAGUUAGAGUAGAGGACACUAGAGAACAGUACAGAUAGCUGGCCGUCUAAGUCCAGAUGUCCCCCUGCACUCCCUCUGACCACUGUUUUCCUGCUGUCUGACUUGCAGCAAGGAGAGCAGCCCCAAUCAGGCAAGAUGAAACGCACUCGCUCCCGCAACCUGGAUGACUCUGAGACAGACACCCAUGUGAGAGCCUCCAACUCCCCACACACUCUGUUUUCCCUGCUCUCUUAUGCUCCCUCUCUCAUUGGUGGCCUGUGCAUUUCAGUGUUAUGAGGUGUUUCUGUCUGUCUGUCUGUCUGUCUGUCUGUUGGCUGUCUGUUGUAGUGAUGUGCAGUUCGCAAACGAUUUGUUCAUUUUGAACAAUUAUUUUUACGGACUCGAGUCAUGACUCGUUUUUCGUUUUAGUAAUUUGUUUGACUUGCUAUUACUGGCCAUAAUGAGGCCUACAGCAGGAUGAAUACAUGCUCCUCCGACAGCAGCUCCAGAGACGUGCUCCUACCACCAACUGUCUGUCAUAUAGGAACAGAAAAAUAGAUCAUGACAUAGAGAAGAAAAAUACAUGUUUAUAACUGAUAAUUGAUCGCAUGGUGCAAGAAGGACUGCAAUUAAUUGAUUAUUGAAGUUAUGAUUGACACAGCUUUGUAAAACCAAAACAUACACUGCCUCUGCUCAACGAGAACGCGAGAACAAAACGUUUGGGGGGGGGCUGCAAUUUGCGAACGACUGUGUUUAUCACCCACAGCAGUCAAGCAAUGCAUUCUACCAAGAGUCGUUCGCAAUCUAGUCCGGUUGCGGACACAACUAGACCUUGUUUCAAAUGUAUCUAGAAAUAAUCUUAUUUGGAUGCCUUACAGUCAACAAAUGUACAUUGUUUAAAGUUUCACAAGUCUCCGUCACAAAUGACAGCUCCAAUAAGCCCUCUAUGGUGAACGAGAGGCUCGUAGUUCAUCGUUCGCCAGUAGGGGGUCCUGCAUGCUCUGGGCGUGACUGACUCAAAUGAACAAAAUUAGUUGAACGAUUUGUGCUUUUGACUGAACGAGUCGAAAAGACCUGAGUCAGUGAAGAGAGCCGAACAGCCCAUCACAGGUCUGUUGGUUUGUUUAGGAGCUGACUGAUCCAGAGGGGUUACUGGACACAACUGUCUGCAUCACCGUCUCUGUCGCAGGGCAGCUACCCAGGACCCCAAUGAGGGAACUGAGGAGUAGCAAGAGUGAGAACCACACCACCAUGCCUCACACCACCAUGCCCUCCCCCAGGUCAGUCUAAAAGCUUCUGCAUGCUUCCGUUCGACUGGUGCCUAAAACCGAAACGAGUGUCCUCGCAUACUCCCAUAAAAGACCUUUGCUUGGACAUUUUGGAAAAAAACGGCAAUAGUACUGUUUGUCCAUCUUGAGAAGCCGUAGCCAGUAUACACUUCCUCAAAAUAGUCAGAAUGAAUGUAAGCUAACUCAAGAAAUCUGUCAUUAAUUUUGAAGUUUUUGCAGAGGAGAUCUUAGUUGCACAAUUUCACAUCUAACUAAGAUGUUUGGUGCAGUAUUUCUCAAUGAAGAAUGUGCAUGAAAACGAGCCGUCUCUUGUUGAAUGACAACAGACUUUAUUGAAGAAUCCCUACUGUUGACCAAUGAUCGACGAAGGGGCGUAGAUUUCGGCUACCAAAAAAAACCUUGCCGAAGACCAAAACAAACAAAAACGUCACAAAAUGUUGUCAUAAUAUAUGCACAAAACGGUUCCGAAUUGUUUUGGAUGGGAAGCAUGCGGACGCCUUACACACACAAAAAACCUGUCAGUGCUACACAUGCACUCCACACUUUAUGUCAUAGUGUCUGUGUGGGCACUGACUCUGCAUGUGCAUUUCACCAGUGAGUGAGUGUGUGUUCCAGGUUGGAUGGCGAGAACAGACCCAAGCAGAGACGUGGGACACCAAUGAAGGAGAGGCGAGCGCUGUCCAAACCACUGAGCGAACGCACCAACAGCUCUGACAGCGAGAGGUCACCAGAGCUCAGCCACACCCCACAGGUGACCCCUGACCCUAACCAGAGCCAGUCCACUAGUCCGUACCCAUACUCACCCUGGAGCUAAGUCCUUAAAUGGGGAUUCUCUGUUUGCAGAGGGUGAUUCUGACUGGUAGGGAUCCUGUUGCAUUGAUCUAUUUCAUUGAAGCAUGUGUGCGCCCAGUAUUUGACUGGCGAACGCGCACGUGUAUUUGUGUGUGUGUGUGUGUGUGUGUGUGUUGGUAGGUGCCCAGGAAGGCUGUGUAUGACCAGCUGAAUCAGAUCUUCUCCUCAGACACUACCCUCCCAGACAGCCUGGUCCUGGUCAACACCAGUGAUUGGCAGGGACAGGUAUCCUUCACUCCUUCACUCCUUCCUUUCUAUCUUCACCAUCAUCCCUCACUUCUCCACUCCCUGUGUACAUAUUUACUUGCGUAUGUGUGUUAAUCUGUAUCUAUAUGUUUGUGUCCUCUGGUAAAUGUGUGUAGUACAGUGGGGGAAAAAAGUAUUUAGUCAGCCACCAAUUGUGCAAGUUCUCCCACUUAAAAAGAUGAGAGAGGCCUGUAAUUUUCAUCAUAGGUACACGUCAACUAUGACAGACAAAUUGAGAAAAAAAAUCCAGAAAAUCACAUUGUUGGAUUUUUAAUGAAUUUAUUUGCAAAUUAUGGUGGAAAAUAAGUAUUUGGUCACCUACAAACAAGCAAGAUUUCUGGCUCUCACAUACCUGUAACUUCUUCUUUAAGAGGCUCCUCUGUCCUCCACUCGUUACCUGUAUUAAUGGCACCUGUUUGAACUUGUUAUCAGUAUAAAAGACACCUGUCCACAACCUCAAACAGUCACACUCCAAACUCCACUAUGGCCAAGACCAAAGAGCUGUCAAAGGACACCAGAAACAAAAUUGUAGACCUGCACCAGGCUGGGAAGACUGAAUCUGCAAUAGGUAAGCAGCUUGGUUUGAAGAAAUCAACUGUGGGAGCAAUUAUUAGGAAAUGGAAGACAUACAAGACCACUGAUAAUCUCCCUCGAUCUGGGGCUCCACGCAAGAUCUCACCCCGUGGGGUCAAAAUGAUCACAAGAACGGUGAGCAAAAAUCCCAGAACCACAUGGGGGGACCUAGUGAAUGACCUGCAGAGAGCUGGGACCAAAGUUACAAAGCCUACCAUCAGUAACACACUACGCCGCCAGGUACUCAAAUCCUGCAGUGCGAGACGUGUCCCCCUGCUUGAGCCAGUACAUGUCCAGGCCCGUCUGAAGUUUGCUAGAGUGCAUUUGGAUGAUCCAGAAGAGGAUUGGGAGAAUGUAAUAUGGUCAGAUGAAACCAAAAUAGAACUUUUUGGUAAAAACUCAACUCGUCGUGUUUGGAGGACAAAGAAUGCUGAGUUGCAUCCAAAGAACACCAUACCUACUGUGAAGCAUGGGGGUGGAAACAUCAUGCUUUGGGGCUGUUUUUCUGCAAAGGGACCAGGACGACUGAUCCGUGUAAAGGAAAGAAUGAAUGGGGCCAUGUAUCGUGAGAUUUUGAGUGAAAACCUCCUUCCAUCAGCAAGGGCAUUGAAGAUGAAACGUGGCUGGGUCUUUCAGCAUGACAAUGAUCCCAAACACAUCGCCCGGGCAACGAAGGAGUGGCUUCGUAAGAAGCAUUUCAAGGUCCUGGAGUGGCCUAGCCAGUCUCCAGAUCUCAACCCCAUAGAAAAUCUUUGGAGGGAGUUGAAAGUCCGUGUUGCCCAGCGACAGCCCCAAAACAUCACUGCUCUAGAGGAGAUCUGCAUGGAGGAAUGGGCCAAAAUACCAGCAACAGUGUGUGAAAACCUUGUGAAGACUUACAGAAAACGUUUGACCUGUGUCAUUGCCAACAAAGGGUAUAUAACAAAGUAUUGAGAAACUUUUGUUAUUGACCAAAUACUUAUUUUCCACCAUAAUUUGCAAAUAAAUUCAUUAAAAAUCCUACAAUGUGAUUUUCUGGAUUUUUUUUUCUCAUUUUGUCUGUCAUAGUUGACGUGUACCUAUGAUGAAAAUUACAGGCCUCUCUCAUCUUUUUAAGUGGGAGAACUUGCACAAUUGGUGGCUGACUAAAUACUUUUUUCCCCCACUGUAUGUGUGUUAAUCUGUAUCUAUAUGUUUGCGUCCUCUGGUAAACGUGUGUAGUAUGUGUCCGAGGUGCUGCUGGCCCAGAAGCAGCCAGUAGUGUGUACCUGCUGUGGGGUGGAGAUUCAGGCUGUCCUCACCACCCUCCUCACACGCAUCCAGAAGUUGUGAGUAGCCAAAGGUUCAAUUUCUACACACUUUAUGUGUGUUGAAUUCAUUGUGUAGUAAUGAAGGUGACCUAUGAUGAGCUCCAGUAACCUGACCCCUCCCUGCAGCUGUAACUGUAACUCGUCCGCGCCGCGGCCGGUCAAGGUGGUGGUGGCAGGGGGACAGAGCUACCUGGGGGCCAUCCUACACUUCUUUGUCACUCAGCUGGCCAACAAAACAUCUGAUUGGCUCAGCCUCAUCCACUUCCUGGUGGUCCCCCUGGGUAAGAGAGAGAUGGGUUCAUCUCCUGAGAGUAUAUACCAUUUAACACAUUGCUUGGGUCUAGAAGAUAGUCAUUAUACAAUGUGACUGCUGUGAGACACAGUACGGUACAUAUCUAGUGUUAUGGUUACGUAAUGCUUAUUUAUAAGCCUAUUCAGCUGAAGCGUAAACAAAGAUUUACAAAAAACGCCACUCUCAUGUUCUGAUAACUCCUCCUGGCAGUGGGCUGCUCCACUCAUUAUACCCCAUGCAGCUGAAGCGCAGUACAGUGGGCUGCUCAGUGCCGCAGUACAGUGGGCUGCUCAGUGUCGCAGUACAGUGGGCUGCUCAGUGCCGCUGUACAGUGGGCUGCUCAGUGCCGCAGUACAGUGGGCUGCUCAGUGCCGCAGUACAGUGGGCUGCUCAGUGCCGCAGUACAGUGGGCUGCUCAGUGCCGCAGUACAGUGGGCUGCUCAGUGCCGCAGUACAGUGGGCUGCUCAGUGCCGCAGUACAGUGGGCUGCUCAGUGCCGCAGUACAGUGGGCUGCUCAGUGCUGCAGUACUGAGACGGUUGGGUGUAUGAACCGUGACUCACUAUGUGGCUACCUCUACUCUGCCUCCAGGCUGUCACCCCGUAGCCAAGCACCUGGCCUCCCUGGACCCUCGCUACAGCUCUGUGUUCCUGGACAAUGCCUGGAAAGAUCUGUUCAGCCGCCUGGAGCCCCCUCACUCCAGUAAAUCUCUCUCUCUCUCUUUCUUUCAUUCUCUCUCUUCUACCACCCUUUAUUCUUCUCUCUCUCUCUCUCUCUCCCCUCUGUAUAACACUUAUCCUACUGAGCUGGUAGUAUUCAAGCGUGUGCCUUUGGGAACUUGAUCAGCAUAUAAAUUAGACUAGAAAACAAGUGCAAGCUGCCCCAUAUCUUCUUUAGCUAGGGGCCUAGUCAGUUCAGAUCCAGUCAGCCUUGCUCUCCCUACAGAUUGACUCAGCCUUACUGUCUGUUCCCCUCCCCUCGGCUCCAGCUGCAGACGGAGUGGACGUGGCAGGGAGGAUCAGACGGUACAUCAGCAGCGUCUCUGUCACACACCAGCUGCCUAUCGCUGAGGCCAUGCUCACCUGCAAGUACAAGAGGUGAGUGGAGUGUCUUGCGUGGCUUAUUUAUAUCUUAAUGUUAACCAGGAAGAACAUAUUUUAUUGGCCACCCAUUAUUUUCACCCUACCAGAUAUGACGAAGACUCUUACCAGAAGUUUGUUCCUUUCGUUGGGGUAAGUAAAUCAGUACUGAUGGUUUUCAUCGAUACUGAUGUUGAGGCAGUCUGUUUGGCAAAUAAUGCCUGUAACUCAACCAUAACUCCUGUUGAAUUAUUAAGCAAUGUAAACCAACAGAUAAGGGAUAUCCAAACUAUUCCCAAGUCAUCUCUGGAGUGUAAGGCUGAUACUGACUAACUGAUCCCUGUGUGUGAAACAGAUGGUGAAAGUAGGGUUGAUUGAACCGAAUCUGGCGUAUUCAGGUGGGUUCAUAUUUCUGGACUACCUAUUUAAGCAAUAAGGCCUGGGGGGGAUGGUAUAUGGCCUGGAUACAGCCCUUAGCCGUAGUAUAUUGGCCAUAUACCACAAACCCCCGAGGUGCCUUAUUGCUAUUAUAAACUGGUUACCAACGUAAUUAGAGCAGUAAAAAUAAAUAUUUUGUCAUACCCGUGGUAUACGGUCUGAUAUACCACGGCUGUCAGCCAAUCAGCAUUCAGGGCUCGAACAACCCAGUUUAUAAUGUCUGUUGAUGUUCACCUUUCUCUCUCCAGACUGUCCCUGGGCAGUGUUAAGGACUGUGUUGAUUUGGGCCUACAGGUGGAGACACUGAGGAGGCUGUUAGUGUUAGCUUGGCUGUUCCCUCCACCUCCCCACCCUCUCAUGGAUCUCCCACAGGGAUGACCAGAGAGGCUGUCACCCCACCCCCGUCUCCCUCCCUGAGCAGCGGACUGGGGUAAGACAACCACAGCGUACAACAGUCUGAUAUGAACAGUUCAUUCCCAUCCCUGCAGUUAAACCCAAGUUUUAGUACAUUGUUGAACAAGAGUUGUUUUUCUUACACCCUCUGCCUCUCGCUCCCUCUCUACCAGGAGCCCUAAUAUGUCCCAUGGGGUGGACACCAUUGGGCUGACGGUGGAUUACUGGGUAGCAACAUGCUCAGAGCGGAAGAAGGAUGGAGAGAGGUGUGACAAGGGCUCCAAGAACACUCUGAAGAGUGCCUUCCGUUCCCUGCAGGUCAGCAGGCUUCCAGGAGGGGGCUCCACUGAGAACCAGCCCCAGGCCAACACCAUGGCCAUGACUGUGGUCACCAAGGAGAAGAACAAGAAAGGUGAGGAGGACGGCUGGACUAGGAGUAGGGAAAUAGAAAGGUGAGGAGGGCGGCUGGACUAGGAGUAGUCCCCUGUAGCUCAGUUGGUAGAGCAUGGCGCUUGCAACGCCAGGGUUGUGGGUUUGUUUCCCACGGGGGGCCAGUAUGAAAUUGUAUGCACUCACUAACUGUAAGUCGCUCUGGAUAAGAGCGUCUGCUAAAUGACUAAAACAUUUUAAAAUUUAAAAAAUAAAAAAUGUACAAAUGUAAAUAGAAAGGUGAGGAGGACGGCUGGACUAGGAGUAGGGAAAUAGAAAGGUGAGGAGAACGGCUGGACUAGGAGUAGGGAAAUAGAAAGGUGGGGAGAACGGCUGGACUAGGAAUGGGGAAAUAGAAAGGUGAGGAGAACGGCUGGACUAGGAAUGGGGAAAUAGAAAGGUGAUGAGAACGGCUGGACUAGGAGUAGGGAAAUGGAAAGGUGAGGAGGACGGCUGGACUAGGAGUAGGGAAAUAGAAAGGUGAGGAACGGCUGGACUAGGAGUAGGGAAAUGGAAAGGUGAGGAGGACGGCUGGACUAGGAGUAGGGAAAUAGAAAGGUGAGGAGGACGGCUGGACUAGGAGUAGGGAAAUAGAAAGGUGGGGAGAACGGCUGGACUAGGAAUGGGGAAAUAGAAAGGUGAGGAGGACGGCUGGACUAGGAGUAGGGAAAUAGAAAGGUGAGGAGAACGGCUGGAGUAGGAGUAGGGAAAUGGAAAGGUGAGGAGGACGGCUGGACUAGGAGUAGGGAAAUUGCGGACUGUCCACCACAUGCAGUUUGUCCAACACCUAAUUUAGUGUAGAGAAUGUAAUAAAUAACUAGAAUGAGAACCUUGCAAUUGAUACAUGCUGUUGUUAAGUGUUUUAGUGUUAAUCUCCUCCAUAUCCACAGUCUCCACUAUAUUCCUGGGCAAGAAGCCCAAAGAGAGGGAUGUAGACUGUAAAAGCCAGGUGGUUGAGGGCAUCACCAGACUCAUCUGUUCUACCAAGCAGCAGCAGACCAGCCUAAAAGGUACACUGAACCCGUCUAGGCUCAGCUUCAACAUGAUUGGUUGUUUUUAGGUGCUUGUAGAUGGGAGUCGUGGAACUAUUGGUUAUUUUUCAGUGUCUGUUGACGGCGUGGAGUGGACUGAUGUCAAGUUCUUCCAGCUGGCUGCCCAGUGGCCCACCCAUGUGAAGUACCUGCCAGUGGGGCUGUUUGGCUACAACAAGACCUCCACCUAG